AUGCCCGUUCUUGAUUUGAAACUAUACACCACCAUCUCUGUAUGUGUCGCCCUUGUGGCUUUUAUUUAUUCUUGCAAUAUCUUUACUUUUCAAAAAUGGUUCUCCUUCACGCACUUACCGACACCAGUUGACAACUUGCCUAAUCAAGCUACACUUAGUUCUAAUGGGUUCGAUAGAAUUGCCGAGAAAGGUCCUGGUAUUACUACUUCAAUAUUUCAAAAUAUGUUAUCAGAGAAAUAUUUAGCCCCAAGAAAACCUUUUGGUUUAAUGGGGCCUUUUUUAACUUCGCUUGUAAAUUUUUUACAAAAAGAAAAGUUUUGUGUUAUGAUUUUCAUCAAUAUGGCUUAUUGUUUUGUAUUUCUCCUCGGAAGGUUGACAUUGAAAUUCUUUUUUGGAGAGUUAAGAGUAAUCGAAAGUCAGCAUAUGUAUGAUAGACUACUCAACUUUCUUUUAUUCAAAGUGGUCUUUGUUGGAGCAAUUUUAGAGCCAAAAUGGGAAGAGUUACUUAUUUGGACAACUUGGUUUACAAUUCUUGGAUUUUUAAGAAUUUUUAGUAUGCUUUGUCGGGAUAGAUUCGAAUAUCUUACGUUUACUCCAAACACUCCAGUUCAGGCUCAUUUACGAAUAUUAACACUAUUAAUACUUAUUUUAUUAUCAGACAUUUUCUGGUUUAUAAUGUGUAUAUCGGUAUUCCGGUCAAUGUUGUUGCUUUUGACAUUUGAGUGCUUUACAUUAUUUUUAGAUACCGUACAAACAUUGGUUAAAUAUAUAAUUCACCUUAGGGAUAUUACAAGACAAAGUGUUUGGGAGUCUAGAGGAAUUCUUUUAUAUUACACCGAAUUUGUUACAGACACUUUGAUACUAGUUGCCACUCUUGCACAUUAUUUACACAUCAUGCUUCUUCAUGGUAUUUCUUUUACCUUGAUUGAUGCAGUUUUAUUUUUAAAUAUGAGGAGCGUUUUCAAUAAUCUUAGGAAAAAAAUAGCUGCAUAUUACAGUUACAGGCAGGCUAUAUUCAAUAUGCAAACACAAUAUCCAAACGCCACCGAUAUUGAGUUGAAUGAAUAUAAUGAUGACUGUGCAAUAUGUCGGGAUUCUAUGGAUUCUGCUAAAAAAUUACCAUGUGGCCAUAUGUUUCAUUUGACUUGCUUGCGUUCUUGGCUAGAACAUCAUGGUUCUUGUCCAACUUGUAGACGAUCUUUGUUGAAAGGAGACUCUCCUAUACGACAAAGGUUAUUAGAACAUUUACAUAUGGAAGUUCCAUUCCUUUGA